AUGGCAUCCGGUGGUGUCUCCCCUCUCUCAUCCGCCUCCCCCGUCCCCUCCCUCCGCGAAUCAACCAAUCCCCUUAUCUCCUCCCCCUUAGCCCAAACCACCAACUCCUCCACCACAACUCCACCAGCCACAAAAAUCUGCGUCUUCUGCGGUGCCUCCCCAGGCCUCAGUCCCGCGCACAUGGCAAUGGCUCAUUCCCUCGCCCAACACAUGGCCUCCCAAAACAUAUCCCUCGUCUACGGCGGCGGCACCGUAGGACUCAUGGGUGAAAUAGCUCGAACCCUCGUUUCUCUCUCUGGACCCACUUCUGUUCACGGAAUCAUCCCUGCUCCCUUGGUCAAAUAUGAGCGUGGUCCCGAUAGCGAAGCUGCAUCGAUUCACUCAGAGGAAAACGGAACCGGGACACUAGAAAAUGGGGAUGGCCUCCCGCAAUAUGGCGUCUAUGGUAAAACAACCGUGGUAAAAGAUAUGCAUACGCGAAAAUCCAUGAUGGCACAAGAAGUUUUAGCUGGGGGUCCCGGUUCCGGAUUCAUUGCAUUGACUGGUGGCUAUGGCACGCUCGAGGAAUUAAUGGAGGUUGUCACCUGGAAUCAAUUGGGUAUUCAUAAUCGCGGUGUAGUGGUUCUCAAUGUAGAAGGAUAUUGGGAUGGGUUAAUGCAGUGGAUUCAUAAUUCGGUAGCGGCGGGGUUUGUGGGAGAGAAUAAUAAGGGGAUUGUUGUGGAUGCUGCUACGGCGGAAGAGGCAAUUGAGGCGUUGAGGAAUUAUAAGUUGACAGAGGGGAGGUUUAAGUUGGAGUGGGGAAAUGAGUAG